UUUAUCCGCCACAAACCAUGUUGUUUGGACAUCAAAAAAUCCAACUACUUCGCUGAAACCAGAAACCUUCACAAACUUCUCUCUAUGGCCUCCUCCUCCUCCAUUUCUGCAAUCUCUCUCCUCUUCUUCACCCUCCUCUCUCUCUCCUGUCCCCUCCUGACCCUCUCUGCCUCAGUCAUCGAAGAUCUCAACAACUUACACCCACCACCAGACUUCAACACCACAGUCUCGAACAACUGUAAAACCAACCCUUCUCUCAGAUACUGCAUCAACUUCACCCCAUUAUCCCUCCCAGAAAUCUUCAAAUUCACCAUUGUUGCAAGCCACUUAUGCAGCGAGUCGAAAAAUCCCAACUGCAUCGAUUCUUUCCCCAAAAUCAACCUUCAAAAUCGACCCAAAAUCGCCCCGCUUUACUUGUCUUUCGACUUCUUUUGGAAAUACUGUCCCUUGACAGUUUCCUCCAUUGAUCUUUCCAAUAACUCUUUGAAGGGUAAUUUCCCAUCUGAUAUUUUCUACUGCUCACAAAUCCAGUCUCUUGAUUUGAGCCAAAAUCAUUUUUCGGGGGAAAUCCCGAUACAGAACUUCUCUGUUUUCACUAACCUCACGUUUCUUAAUCUCUCGUACAAUUCCUUUUUGGAGAGUGAAAUUUCGGACUCUGACCAGUUAUUCAAACGGUUUAAUUCUUCGAGUUUUAUGCAGUCCGGCAUAAUCCCAGAUAAAGAAAAGUCCAAAAUCAAGGCUCUACUGUUCCUAAUUGUUUUUCCAAUUUUUGUACUUUUACUUGUGAUUUUCCACUGGUGGAUUUGCUUUUCCCGGCCAGAUUUUCUACCUAAACUCCUUAGAAGAAAGCACAAGUUCACCCCAUCAAUGCUAAAGGCCGCGACCAAUGGAUUUUCGAAGAAGAAUCUGGUGGCGAAAAGCGAGGGUAUUCGUAUAUACAAAGGGGUGUUGAGAGAUGGAACUGAAAUCAGAAUUGAGACUUACUUGGAUAACAACAAAAUUUCAAGAGAAAAGAGAAGAGAUUUUGUUGUAGAAUGUAAGGUUCUUGUUAAAUUAUGUCACAAGAAUUUGGUUCAAGUAUUGGGUUGGUGUGAUAAUAGGAGAUUAAGGGCUAUAGUUACUGAAUGGAUCGAAGGAGAGAGUGUGAAAAUGUGGGUAUCAAGAGUAGACCCCCCAUGGAAGCAUAGAGUGAAGGUUUUGAUGAGAGUAGUGGAAGGGAUGAGGUAUUUGCAAGAGGAAUGGCCUGAAGUUGGAUACGAGUUGAAGAGUAGUAAUAUUUUGUUAGGCGAGGAGCGAGAGCCGUUGAUUUCGAGAUUCCGAGUUGAAGAUCAGAGCAGCUGCAGCAAGAAAGUCUACAAGUUUGGAGUCUUGCUCUUGGAGAUGGUAACAAACAGAAGCCCUCGACAAGGAUUUGAAAGGGGAGAAGCCGGUUUUGUCGAGUGGGUGAGAAUGCAUUAUCCCGAUAACCUGAUCGAUGAGAAAAGGAAGGCAGGCACGCUAGAUCAAGCUACUCAGGUGAUAGAACUAGGGUUAAUGUGCACCGAUCUGUCAAGAGGAAUGCAGCCGAGCCUGGAUCAGAUGCUUGACAAUCUAACUGCAAUCUAUAACUCAAUUCUGGCUUCGGCCUCUCCAUACCGGAAGAGGGUGCACGGAGAUAGAGCAACUGGACCCCUUCACGUCCAAUCAGGAUGAAGCUGUACCGUCACAAAUACUGUACGAUACAUGCAAAUAUUUUUGUAUGCAUUUUAAUUUCUUAUGCAUGUACUCAAUGAAUCUGCAUAUUAAUUAGUAGUGUCAACUUUACUA